GUGAAAUCGUUUUGGUUUCGCACAUCCAGGGAGAUAAUUUGGCGAAAAUGCUGAAGAAUGAUCAAUGUUGGCGAUGUGAUGUUUCUUGUAAGUCACCUACUCCGAAAGUGUGCUGCAGUAGAUGCAAAGUAGCUUAUUACUGCAGCGAAACUUGCAAGAAUAGGGAUCUGUUUCGACAUCAAGUGGACUGCCAAACCGCCACCUUAAAGAGGACAUGUUCCGGAUGCAGCAAGGAAACCAGCCGAUUGAAACAGUGUGGUAGCUGCCUGCAAGCUUGGUAUUGCAAUCAGGCUUGCCUAAAGAAAUCCUGGCCCGCACACAAAGCAUCCUGUCAAAAAAUGACGAGAAAUACAAGAGAAAUGUCUUUAAACAUCAAGAAACUCCACGACCUUGUAGAAUUUACGCCUGGCACUGCAACAGUUUACUACUGGGGUAACAUUCCUGCACAAGAUCUUAUAAAAUUCCCACUGAACGAAGGUUCUGAGUAUUCAAAGCCUAUCUCAGUCCUUGCAUGUGGCGUUGGUGACCCACGCAAUAUCGUAUUGUCCGUCUCGAAGCUUCCAGAAGUUUAUCAAGAAGAGCUGACCUUUGUCUUGAAUGACAUCUGCGCCUGUACACUGGUCAGAACGAUACUUUUACUCUAUAUGAUAUUCAAAGGCGGAGAAGAAGCUGCAAGUUCCGUGACGCAGAUUUGGUAUUCACUGCGUCUCAGCGAAGAUGACUAUAAGCUGGUCAUCAAUGCUCUGGAAGAGCUGAUCCAAACGUCCAGCCUUGAAGAGCUGACAGGAGACACCAUGAGGAUGGAGCAAAACCAACUUAAAGAGGUCACACACGUGUGGCGCACUUGGCUAGACCUUAGCUCACGGAAGGAAAAGUGGAUAUCAGAAGCUCGACGUAGGCGCUUUGACAACCCCCAAGCGAAGGAAGGUAUGAAACUGUACUUGGCCGAAAUCCCGAAAGAGCAUAAAAAGUCUGCAUCAGAUUGGUUUGCCAACGGGAUCCUGUCGUCCAAGGAAUCAAGAGGCGCACUUUUUUUUGAAAAUUUCACUUUGACAGGCUCUGACUAUCAGAUCAGUCGUAAUAGAGGUCCAUUUUCUUACAUCAUUCAGUCUUCUAUCACUCCCUUCUUAUCAUGGGAUUACAACGAUGUCUGCCGUGUGAGCAGAGCACCAUCAAUUCUGAAAAUGUACAGUGAGUAUGUUGGUCAAGUGCUCAAGAAAUGCUCUGUGAGGUUGGCGACAAGGCAAGUGAAAUUUCACUUCCUGUUGUGCAACUGUAUGGAGAUAACUCCAUUCCUUCCACCAGACCGGAAGUAUGAUCGAGUGACAACCUCAAACAUCGCUGACUUUGUACCACUGGGGACACUUCUGGACACGUUGUUACCUCACAUGAAUCUCAAUAACCCUUUAUCAGUCAUCAUCACCGAAUUUCAGAACUGGGUCCAGUUUACAGAUUGGCAAUUCAAGGCUGCCAAAUUUGCAUGCGACUUGACACGAGGAGACAACUUUCGCAAGAAAGUCCUUGAAGACACCAAAAGUCAUGCCAUCGCCUAUUCCGACGCGAGACAGGCUUUCGUCGAGUACCAAGACCACAGUGUAGAGUUCAUCACCUUCCUCCGAGCUGCUUUAGUGGCUUCUGAGGUCCCUUUCCAGAGUAAUCGCAAGCUAACGUGGUCCUCAGUGGCUGAUUAUAACGGGUUAAUAGUCCGCAACUUCCUCCGUUUCCAAAAUCGCGUAUUUCCUGCUAAGUGGCUGUUAAACUGUCGCCAGGUGACCAUGUUAAAUGGGUUUGAAAGAGCCGUAGAAUGGAUAGUCAAACCGAGCUGA